AUCGAUGGUAAUUUCAAAGAUGGCGGCACUCAUUCGGUUGCGAAGUGUUGAGUGAAUGUUUCGUAACGGCGCUUUGGCACGUGUUUGCAAUGUAUACUUCAGCAUUGUCACACUAUAGAUACGCGUGUCAUCAUUUAUGUGCCAUCAGACGCCCCUUCUGGACUCUCAGCGUCGAAAAUCUCUUGCGAAGUGAGUGUCGUCCUCGUUUUCCCCCGAAAGUCGCACUGCACGGCGCCCUUGGAGUGUACCAGAAUGCUCGCUACGCAACCAACGCAGAGCCAUCCCACAAGACGAAAACGAAGAAAUCGAAAGUCGGCAAGCUGAGAAAGAAGCAGUACAGAGAGCUGAUGAAAGUUCUGGAGGCGCACAGGACGCAGCUCUUGGAGGUUGAGCGGCGCAGGGGAGCGGUCGGUCAGCGCAGGGAGGAGCUGAUCCUGACCAUCCCCGCCUCGUGCAACGUCCUCGCGCUGCCCCCGGCCUGCUCCCCCCACAGCGUCCGGUGCGAGAGCUGCGGACGACCGCACCUGCACAGCCACUCAACGCGGAGUACGGCAGAGCCGGCGUGGUCGCAGGUCCCGUUCCCCGCUGACGACCUGCUGUGCCUGGAGGACGGCUCCCUCGCCGUGCCCUUCGAAGACCUGUGCGCACACCAGGUUGAGCCACAACUUCUCGACGCGGCGUUGCUGGAGGAGCAGGGUCAGGAGGAGGAGGAGGAAGUGGCGACGGCUGUGGUGGCCGCUCCUGCCGGGGGGCGGGGCAAGCGGGCGAAGAAGGCGGGGCUUCGCCUGACCUCGGCUCAGGCUGAGAAUGCGGCCAAGGUGAAGAAGGCGGAGCUCGACAAAUUGGCUCGGGAGAUGCAGCUCAAGACGAGCCUGCGAGCGUUCAUCGAAGUCUGCGUCCAGGCCAACCUGCUGGACCAGGCGCUGUCGUCCCUGCACUUCCACCGGAACAGGGCCAAGGAGCAGAACAAAGGCAUUGCCGUGGUGGACGUCAAGGUCUUCAACAGCCUGCUCAGGGGCUUCUCUGCCAAGGGCAAGCUGGGGCGGGUGCAGGAGCUGCUGCGGACGAUGGAGCACGACGGCGUGCGGCCGGACGCCCAGUCGUACGCCGCCCUCCUGGAGGCGCACGCCCGCCAGCCGAGCCUCGCCAGGGACGACGUGGACGGGGUGCUGCACCAGAUGGCCGGCCAGGGCAUCACGCCGGAGGAUCUAUUCAAAAGUUGCAAGUUUCUGGGGGACCAGAGGGAGAGAGUGCUGAAGGCCAUUCAUGCGGUGUUGCCGGACUUUGAGCCAGCUCCCCCGAACUACCCGACGGAGUACGUCUGCCCACUCCUGGAACGUCUCAGCCAGCAGGAAAAAGCGCAUGAGACCUUCCCUGGAGAAGUGGUCUCCCUGGCGAGCCUGCGGAACAGCGCGGGGGAGCAGCUCUCCUGGGAGGUGCAGGGCCAGGUGGAGGUACACUCAGUGGCAGCCAGGCUUGCCCAGCCCUCGGAAAGGGUCCUUUUCUUGCGCAAGCAGAUCGAAGCCAACGAAGCAGCCUGGCGGGUCCGCCUCAAAGGCGCCUUUGUUCAGAACCUCAAGGCCCUGUACAGCCACUCUUACAUGAACCGGGGGAUGUCCUUGUACCCAUACCUGUCUGUGCUGGCCCCAGAGGUGUACGUUAACAUCAUCAUACAGGAGAUGCGUGGCUUGGCCAUGUCGUCAGAGACGUUCAGCCCGGCUCUGAGCAUUCUGCACCAGGGGCUGGGAGCCAAGGUCAUGACACGCUACGUCACUGCCGUCAAGGAGCACACGGGCAUCGCUGCCAAGGUGACGCUGCUGUACGAGAAGUACCUGGAGUACUACCUGUCGCCGGAGCUCAGGGAGCGCCAUUCCGCCCGAGAGUACUGGCAGAAGUUGAAGGCAGAGCACUCCGCUGGACCCUCCCUGGACAGCGACAUUGCCCUGUGGCCUUACCACACUCUGCUUGGGGUUGGACGCUUCCUUUACGACAUCAUGAUUCACGAAGCCAAGAUCGACAUCAACGUGCUCCGCCACUCUUCCUCCACCAAGAGGAUGAUUCCAGCGUUCUACAACAUUUACCGAACCGUUGGUGCCCGGACGAAGGAGGAGAUAAAGCCGCACCCGCUGCUGUCCAAGCUGUACCGUGGCGGGUCCCAGGAGCAGCUGUCCUUCGACGUGGGGCUGGUGCCCAUGGUGUGCCCUCCCCUGCCCUGGUCCUGCGUCAACAGUGGGGUCUUCCUCCUAACGCAGACGCCCUUUGUGCGGCUCCCUGAGGCAGCCCAGCAGCAGAAGCUGGUGCUAGAGUCGACCCCUGUGGAGCAGCUGUACCCAUCCUUCGACGCCCUCAACAUCCUGGCACUGUGCCCCUGGAGGAUCAACAAGCCGGUGUUGGACCUGGUGGUCGAAGUGUUCCUCAACAAGGGCAGCCAGGAGCUCGACAUUCCCAUGCCACCUUCCGAGUGUCCCGCUGCGCCCAAGUUUCAGACGGGUAUGACCAAACUGGAGAAGGCCAAGGUUUCCCGUGAACGAAUGGUGCUGAAGCGAAAGCGUGCAGAGAUGUACAGUCUGUGGUGCGACGCCCUUUACAAGCUCUCCAUCGCCAAUCACUUCAAAGACCGGGUGUUCUGGUUCCCCCACAACAUGGAUUUCAGGGGCCGGGUGUACCCGUGCCCUCCCCACUUCAACCACCUGGGGAGCGACGUGGUGCGUGGAAUUCUGCUGUUUGCUCGAGGCGAGCCGCUCGGCGAGAAAGGGCUUGACUGGCUCAAGGUGCACCUCAUCAACCUGACUGGCCUCAAGAAGAGGGAACCAGCUUCUGAGCGACUCAAGUUUGCCAACAAAAUGCUGCCGGAGAUAUUGGACUCUGCAGACAAUCCAAUGACGGGCCGGCGCUGGUGGGCAUCGUCGGAGGAGCCCUGGCAGACGCUGGCCUGCUGCCGGGAGGUGGCUGCGGCGGUGCGCUCCCCGGAUCCCCGGCGCUACGUGUGCCACUUGCCCGUACACCAAGACGGGUCGUGCAACGGCCUGCAACACUAUGCGGCCCUGGGAAGGGACGCCCACGGGGCCCGCCAGGUGAACCUGUUGCCCGAGGACAGACCCCAGGACGUGUACAGCGGGGUGGCCGCCAUGGUGGAGCGGGAGCGGACGAAGGAUGCGGCCAACGGCGUGGCCAUUGCCCAGGUCCUCGAGGGGUUCAUCAAGCGCAAGGUGGUGAAGCAGACGGUGAUGACGGUGGUGUACGGGGUGACCCGCUUUGGAGCCCACCUGCAGAUCAUGAAGCAGCUCAAGGACCUGGAGGACUUCCCCCAGGAGCACUGCUGGGCGGCCUCCCACUACCUGGUUCAGCGGACCUUCCUCUCACUACAGGAGAUGUUCACCGCCACCCGGGAGAUACAGGAGUGGCUGACGAGCAGUGCCAAGCUGAUAUCGCAGGUAUGUGGGCAGCCCGUGGAGUGGGUCACCCCUCUGGGACUGCCUGUCGUCCAGCCGUACCACAAGAAUGCCUCCGUCCGGAGCCCAGUGUCCUUCGGCGACAGAAUCCCCCAGGAUUACUGGUCCAGCUUUGAAAUGUACCAGCGGCCCAACGUGAUGAAGCAGAAGAAUGCCUUCCCACCGAACUUCAUCCACUCCCUGGACUCUAGCCACAUGAUGCUGACUGCCCUCUUCUGCCACAAGGCUGGCAUCCAGUUUGUGUCGGUGCACGACUGCUUCUGGACUCACCCGAACACCGUUGACAUCAUGAACAAGAUGUGCCGGGAGCAGUUUGUGGCCCUGCACAGUGAACCCAUCCUGGAGAACCUGUCCCAGUACUUGGUGGGCAAGUUUGGCUACAGGGACAGCGAGCUGCUGCGUGACGGUUCCUUGGGGGAGUUGGCCAAGCAGAAGCUCAACAGGAUCCUCACACAGAUUCCUCAGAAAGGCUCUUUCGAACUCAAGAAUGUCCUGGAUUCGGUGUACUUCUUCAGCUGAGUGCACUACAGUGGGGAAGAUGCUUAGAUGUGGCCCAGAGACUCUAGUGUGUGUAUAUAACAUCUGUAAUUAUGUGUCAUAGGAGAACGAUAGGUCCAUUGUUAAUAAAUAUAUAUGUCGAAGCAAUAUGCUUCGAAACUUC